CGUCCCCAGCUUGUCGCGCGCAGCUAGUCCCCGCCGCCCGCCGGGAUCUGAGCCACCCUCAACCGAAGUGCUGUUGAAGACGGCUUGAACUCGAGAGAGAGAGAGAGAGAGAGAGAGAGAGAGCAUAGAAAAUGGGGAAGACGACGUACAAGAGGGUAAAGGGAAGCCAGAAUCUUCGGCAGCGUCUUCUACUCUCCACACUCUCUUCCAAACCGGUUCUCAUUGAGGACAUCCGGGUCAACGAAACUUGGCCCGGUCUACGCCCUCACGAGGUCUCCUUCCUCCGUCUCCUUGAAAAAAUCUCCGACGACUGCGCCGUCGAAAUCAAUGAAACAGGAACGAAGUUGAAGUACAAGCCUGGGGUUUUGAUGGGUGGGAAACAUCUUUUGCAUGAUUGUGGUGUUAGUCGGUCCAUUGGCUAUUUCUUAGAGCCAUUAGUUGUGCUUGGAUUGUUCGGGAAGAAACCCCUUUCAAUAAGGCUCAAAGGGAUUACAAAUGAUUCUAAUGAUCCAUCUGUCGAUACUUUCCGAUCAACAACCUUACCGAUCCUGAAGCAUUUCGGAGUUCCUUCAGAAGGACUGGACCUGAAGAUAGAGAGUCGGGGUGUUCCUCCUCAUGGUGGUGGAGAAGUUAUUCUUUCAGUUCCGGUUGUCCAGAAAAGUUUAAAUGCAGUUACUUGGAUUGAUGAGGGGAUGGUGAAGAGGAUUAGGGGAAUUACUUUUUCGACUAGAGUGUCUGUUCAGUUUGAGAACACCAUGCUACAUGCAGCUCGUGGUAUUUUCAAUCGCUUGCUACCAGAUGUUCACAUAUUUACAGAUCAUAAAGCCGGAGCUCAAGCUGGAAAGUCACCUGGUUAUGGAAUUUCACUAGUUGCUGAAACUACUUCUGGUUGCUUCAUAUCUGCCGAUACUGCAGUAUCUUAUGCACGGGGGGAGGCAGAGGGUGAUAUUGAAGACACGGAGAACAAAGAGCUCACGCCUCCAGAGGAUGUUGGAGAGCAAAUUGCUUCUGCUCUGCUUGGGGAGAUUGAGCAAGGGGGAGUAGUUGAUUCAACACAUCAGGGUUUAUUGUUCCUUCUUUGUGCAUUAUGUCCACAAGAUGUUUCGAAGAUUCGUGUGGGUAUACUGUCACCAUAUGGAAUAGAGACACUCAGAAACAUCAGAGAAUUUCUGGAUGUUAAAUUUGUCAUUAAUCCAGAACCAUCCACAGGGACAGUCAUACUCAAAUGUGUAGGAUGGGGAUUGACGAAUUUAUCCAGAAAAGCUUCAUGAUUCAUGACAGUUAACAGUCUUUAACAUAAGAUAUGUUACUAUGGUGAUCGAAUGUGAUCAAACUGACGGGUGUGGCAUCAAGUGGGGGAGAUUGUGGCAUUGCAUGUCCUGUUUGCUCGCAAUUUUGAUAGUUUCUGUUAAGAAUCAUCAUAUCUAUUAUGCCUGACUUAGCUUCUGUUUUGCGAAAUCUGUAGUUGGAUCCUUUUAUCUUUUUUGGCAACAUUGGUGACAAGAAAUUGUAUUACUCCUACAUUGAUCUAUAUAUAAACUGCUGUCAGUGUCGGCAGUGGUGCAGGCCUUCUACUAUCGUUGGUGACUUGGUGUUCAACCAAAGGAUUUUGGAUCUUGUAAAAGAAUCAUUACAUGGGGUACUGUGGUAUACUUGUAUUUUGUCUCAUAUUUUGCGGAUUAUUUGGCUAGCAUAGUUUGGCUAGCAUAGUGAUUGAAUAUUUGAUACUGUAUUUUCUUUUGUGGGGUAUAUGGAAUACAUGAUAUGUGCCCGAUUCUAGCUUAGA